AUGACCCAUCGGAAACAGCCGGCUGAGAAGCUCUCGGACGAGCAGAUCGAGGAGCUACGGGAUGCCUUCUCCCUGUUCGAUAGAAACGGAACCGGCAGCAUAACCAGUUCGGAGCUGAGAACGGUGCUGCGAUCCCUCGGGAAAAGCGUUUCCGACGCGGAGGUGAAGGUGCUGCUCAAGGACCUCAACGUCGACCACGAGGGAAGGAUUCAGUUUUCGAACUUUGUCGCGAUGAUGACGGUUCGGAUGCGGCAGUUGACCAGGGAGGACGAACUGAAGGAAGCCUUUCGCAUUUUCGAUCGCAAUGGAAAUGGACUGAUUUCGGCUGACGAGCUACGAGCGGCGCUGGAGUCGUUUGGAGAGAAGAUGUCCGAGGAGGAACUCGAUGAACUGCUCCGGGAGGCGGACAUCAACUGUGACGGACAAAUUGACUACGAAGAGUUUGUAAAGAUGAUCACCCAGAAAUAAAGACAGGCCUGCGUAGGCAAAGUUUU